AUGUGGCGCACAGAUAUAUCGCGAUGCUGUCACUCCUUCAAGUUCGCUCGCCUCACACGAAGUCUACGGACGCAAGCACGCUAUGACUACGCCACCCCCGAGGAUGGGGGAGGACCCCCGUACUGGGCCAAGCCUGCUGGGCUUUCCACACCACGAGAGCUGGCCAAAUAUCUGGACGGGUUCGUUAUUGGACAGGAGCGGGCGAAGAAAGUGCUAUCUGUUGCUGUGUUCAAUCACUAUAACCGAGUGCACGCGAAUGCAUCCAUGCAAGACCCGACCCAGGGUUCGGGCUGGGUAGAUCAACAUCACGACGAUUCUGUUGCACCAGCCACUGUACAACCACAUCCCAAUCGACUGCGCUUACAGUCCAUGACGCCAUUUCGAUCCGGACGACCUCUGCCACUAUUUGAGAAGAGCAAUGUCCUUGUUAUUGGACCCACUGGAUCGGGCAAGACAUUGCUAGCCCGGACAUUAGCCACCGUACUCGACGUUCCGUUCUCAGUCAGUGACGCGACCUCUUACACCCAGGCCGGAUACGUGGGGGAUGAUGUUGAUAUGUGUAUACAACGACUACUACAAGCUGCCAACUGGGAUCCGAUCCGUGCCAGCAUGGGCAUUGUGUACAUCGACGAGAUUGACAAGGUAGCAAGGAAGGUAGGCAGUGGGGGCCUCGAAGGUAGCCGCGACGUCGGAGGAGAGGGCGUACAACAAGCAUUACUCCGUAUGACGGAAGGAUCUACGAUCACAGUCCAGGCUAAGGGCACUCCGACUGUGCUGCCACCAGCCGGUAGCGACGGUCGAUCAAGAGCUGGCCAGCGAAAUCCUGGCCUGGCUGGUCCUCGACCCGAGGCAUACUCCAUUGAUACCAGCAACAUACUCUUCAUCCUGAGUGGGGCAUUUGUCGGGUUGGAUAGCAUCAUCAAACGGCGUGUGGCGAAAGGGUCAAUAGGCUUCACUGCUCCUCUACCCUCGUCAUCGGAGACCCAAGGAAGCGGCCAGAUGCCCUUCUUCACGCCGAACACAGAGGCUGCGCCAAACAUGCUUGACCAGGUUGAGCCUGAAGAUCUCGUGAAAUAUGGUUUCAUCCCAGAGUUCAUCUCCCGAAUGCCUUCCGUGACAACAUUGUCACCGCUGAGCAUCUCAGAUCUGCGGAGGAUCCUCACGGACGUUCGAGGGUCCCUUGUAUCGCAAUACACCGCUUUGUUUGGCUACUCGGGCAUCGAGAUCAGGUUUACAAGCCAAGCUUUGGACGAAAUAUGUCAGAAGGCUUUCCAGCGAGGCGGUGGCGCAAGAGGUUUGCGUGGUAUCAUGGAAUCGUUGCUCCUGGAACCGAUGUAUGAAGCACCGGGAUCUUCGAAACGAUAUGUCCUCAUCAAUGGCGCAGUGGCGCGCGGUGAGGAAUCACCGCAGUACUGGCCGAAGAACGAGGCGAACGCUUUCUGGCAGGCUUGGUCCACAGAGGAUGAGCGGUAUCCAGGCGGAUCGCGGUAG